UGGGGGUACUGCAGUUCCUGGAAACUGCUAAUAGAGCACUGGGGAAGCGAGAGUGUGUGGUCGACGGCGGAGGCGGAACGAGCAAACGUUAACAGGACCGGGGGCAGGAAUGUCACGUGUACGCUUUCAAGGCAGCGCUCAAUUCACCUUCCGUCUGUUCGAUGAGCAGAAGGACGUGCUGAUCCUGGUCUUUCUGGAGGAGAUUCCCACCUCUCAGCUGUCUCCUUACUACCGCAUGAGGAAACUGCUGAAGAAACAGACCUACCUGAGUUGGCCCCGAGCCGGAGAGCACACCCAACUGUUCUGGGAGAAACUCCACCAGGCUCUGAAGACCAGAGAAGAUUGUAAUGAGGACAACUUCCUCCUCACUGUGGUGGAAAGACAGUGGUAAAAAGGAAAUAUUCUCUGUAUGAGGUUUACAGCCAGCAUAGUUCAGUGGUUUGAGUCAUUUUGGACUCUUUCUUUAUUUUGUUUUGUUUUGGUUCUUUUUACAAUAAAAUUGCCAUAAUUUUAUCUAAAAGGGGCUGUCAUU